AUGUUACGAUUUAAACAAAAUCUAUGCUUACUAUGGUUUCUAUGGUGUUUACUUUAUUGUAAUGCAAAAAAACCUUUAAAAUCUUCGAUGAAAAAUGGAUAUUUUCAUGAAUUAUAUGAUGAUAACUAUGCUGAAUCGUUUAAUUCAAUGAAUAAUUUAUUUGUCAAUAAUGUGUAUACAAAUUUAAAAUUACCUGAAAUCAAAACAUCUUGUACAAAUGAUAUUCUUAAUAUUAUAUUGGGUAUAUAUCAAAAGCAAAGUUGGGCGUUACAAUGGUUAGAUGCUACAACACAUCCUCCACCAGGAAUUGUAGGUGGUGCUAUGCAUUGGGUGGGAAGUUAUGAUGUAUGUCUUAAAUGUUCAGGAUAUCAUUCAGUUGGAGAAAAAGAAGAACCGAAAUUUCAUGGAUCGUAUUGUACUAUGGUAUUUGAUAUGAACACUUCUAUAGCAAUAAUUCCGGAAUUAAGAAUGUCAGUUGGAUUAUGUAUGCCUAAUACUUGUACUAGUGAAGAGGUUAGAAGUAUUAUUAAUACAACUGCGUAUUAUCUCUUACUUAGGUUGAAUCAAAAAGAAAGUUUUUGUCAUCGAUUUGUUGGUGAUGUUCAAAAAGACACAUGGUAUUACAUAGCUGUAUCAAUAUGCUCAGCAUUAACUAUUCUUGUGGUAAUCGCCACAAGUAUAGAUAUGUUUUUAUACAUUCAAUGGUAUCAUGUACAAAAUUUAAACAAGUAUAUUACUGGAACAAAUCAUAUCUCUGAAAGAAGCUCAAUUGAAAAUGUGAAUCAUAUUGAAGAACAAACACAUCCUUUAAUAGAAUCAGAUGGUAUUGUCAACAAUGAUCAAGAACAGGAAAGUGUGAGGAAAAUUGAUGAUAAACACUUGACAGCGUUCAAUGAAUACAGAAAAAGUGUUUUGGAAAAGCGUAUUCUUACAAAAAUCCUAUGUGCUUAUUCAUUGCCAAUUAAUACAAUGAAAUUAUGUGCACAAAGAAUGGAAGAUGAUAAAUCCAGCAGAACAUAUAAUAUCUCAUUAACAUUUCUUGAUGGUAUUCGAUGUAUGUCAAUGAUUUGGAUUAUUGGUGGACAUAUACUACUCCAUGGUUAUAAGUUGACAAAUAAUUUAAUAAUAUUAGCUGGUGAAUUUCGACGUAUUUGGCUAUUCGGAAUGUAUUUCAAUGGACAUUUAGCUCCCGAUAUCUUCUUUUUUAUGUCGGGUUUAUUAAUGUGUUAUCUAUGUAUGGGACGAUUAACAAAUUUAAUUGGUGUGAAAAACCAUAUGAAAUUUUGGUCAAUGUUAAUCGUACAUCGUUUUAUCAGACUUACUCCAGCUUACCUUGUUACAGUAAUCUUCUUUACGGGUUUAUUAAAUCAUAUAUAUGAUGGACCAUUUUUUCCACAAGAUAUACAUUCACCAGUAAUAGAGAAUUGUCGAAAAUAUUGGUAUUUCUUGUAUUUAACCAAUGUAAUCGAUUUUCGGAAUAGUUGUUUACAAUGGUCAUGGUACAUUGCAAAUGAUAUACAGUACACUGUAAUUUUAGCGCCAAUUUUUAUAACUUUACUUGUGUGGAAACGAAUAACUGGAAUUCUAUUCGCCUUUUCAUUUAUUCUAUUAUCUUCAUUAAUCACAUAUUUUACUGCCUAUAUUCAUUCAUUUGAAAUUAUGGAUAUAGCUAAAGAUGAAAUCUAUUUGAGACCAUAUACACGUUGUGGAGCAUAUAUGAUUGGAAUGUUAACUGGUUGGUUAUUAUAUGAGUAUCCUAGACUUGAAAUGAGAAAUACACGGAGAAAUCAAUUUUUCAUUGUAUCAAUUGGAUACCUAGUCGCUGCAUUUCUUUUCGUUUUACCAAUAUUUAUUUCUUAUGGUGUAUUGAGUGGAUUAUUGACUGAAAUGAGUCGUAGAACAGCAGCCGCUUAUUUAGCAUUCCAUCGUGUGUCGUUUACUUUAGGCAUUGGCAUUUCGGUUUACUUAUGUGCAAUAGGAUGGGGAAAGCCUAUUUACAAUACAUUUGCAUGGUCUGGAUUUCGUGUACCAGCUCGUCUCACUUAUAGUGCUUACUUAAUACACCCUAUUAUUGUUACGAUAUUCAUAAAUGGCGCACAAACUCCAUUUAUCAUAGAUCAACUGGAGGUUGUUCGUUUAACAGCCUCAACAACUGUGUUCAGCUAUAUCGUAGCGUAUAUCCUAUCGAUGACAACUGAAUAUCCCAUAAGUACAAUAGAAAAAUAUCUCUUUCGUUAA